GAGAGUAAAACCCAGCAGAAUUAGCAGACUCAUUCCUUUUCCCUAACAAGUUUACAGGCCCUCCCUUCUCUUCCCGCUGAUCUAUUACCAUCCCCUCCUUUCGGUCUCUUCUCUCCUUCCCUUCUCCCCCCGUCUUCCUCUGAUCAUCUUUCCCUCCCUUCUACCUCCUGUCUCCUUCCCUUCUGCCCCCUCUCUCCCGCCCCUCCCUCUCCAGUUCACAUUCACUCAGUAUUUCAGUUUUCCAAAUAAAUGUGUGUUAGGAGACUCUGUUGACAUUACUCUUGCCAUCACGGCUCAUCUUGACUAAGUGAGAACUGACAGGUUGGACGAGCCUCACAGUAUCUAUUUUUCUCCAUCAAUCCGAGACAACAAAACAGUCACUGACUGGAAUAGUAUCAGUAGUUUUCUUUGACAAGGCUUCCUUCACCGUUUUUUUUUUAGUGAUUAAAUGACGGGCAGAAGAGCUGAGGAAAUGUAGGUUUGGCAUCACAGUGGCUUUCCCUUCCUGCUCAGUGGCUCCUUGUGACCUUGAAGAUGAUUGGAUAGAAAUUCCAAUGAUACUAGUAAAGAAAAAAGGAGAUUUCUACAGUUUGGUGUCGGGGAAGAGAGGCAAAUCUAACUGGGGUCAGAGUUCAGCAAGCAGCAGCAGCCUGGUCAAUGGUUGGAGAGAAAAGUCUCCUGGGGUAAUGGAGCGACAAUGACAGUGGCCCAGAAGAAGCUGCUUCUUGUUCCCUCUCAGGCAAUCUCCUGCCACCAGGGCCACUGCAGAGAUCCCAUUUCUCAUAGGAACAGUACAGGUUCAGAAAAUAGGAUCAACAGGGCCAUAGAGAUCCAUGCUUCUGUCUCUGAGGUCCUGUUGUAGGCAGAGAAGGCAACAGGGAGCAGAGCAGCGAAGGUUGCUCUGCAAGUGGCCUUCUCUGGGUCUAAAAGAAAAUUCAAGACAAUGGAUGCCACUGAGAUCUCUUUUGGGAUCUUGUUUCUGCUACAGAUCAGCACUGGAGUCUCAGUGAAUGGAUUCCUCCUCCUCUUCUAUACCCAUAUGGUCUCCACCAGUCAGAAGUUCAGCUCCUCAGACUUAAUUCUUUCCCACCUAGCUCUGGCCAAUACCAUAGCACUUCUCACACUUGGAAUUCCAGAGACCAUGUCAGUAUGUGGUCUGAGAAAUUUCCUAAACAAUGUUGGAUGUAAAAUCCUCUUUUACUUUUAUCGAGUGGGCCGGGGCCUUGCCAUCUGCACCACCUGCCUCCUGAGUGUCUUCCAAGCCAUCACUAUCAGUCCUGGCACUGCCAGGUGGGCAGGAGCCAAAGUCAAAUUAUACAAGUGUAUCCUCCCCUCCUGUAUCCUCUUCUGGAUCCUCAAUAUGCUAGUAGAGUUUGAUAGAGUGAUGAACAUGACAGGUCCCCAGAACAGCAGCAGUCUUCAAAGCCCAAUGGAUUAUAAAUACUGCUCGAGGCUUAGUCUCAGUGCAGUCACCACCCUGGUAUAUGCUGUUGCACUUUCCCUUCAGGAUCUGGUCUUUGUAGGGCUUAUGAGUACAGCCAGUGGCUAUAUGGUGUUUGUCCUGCACAGACACCACCGGCGAGUCCAGCACCUUCAUAAACCAAGCAACUCCCCCAGAGUGAUGCCUGAAGUCAUAGCAGCCAAGAGAGUCAUUGCCCUGGUGACUCUCUUCGUCCUCCUCUAUGGGCGACAGUCAGUCAUGCUGAAUAUUAUAAUGAACAUGAAAGAAAAGUCGCCUCUCCUGCUGAAUAGCCACAUGGUUUUUGCACACACCUUUGCAGCCUUAAGUCCAUGCCUAGUGAUUCAUAGUGACAGGAGAAUGAGAAUGUUCUGGAAAAGGGAAUCUGCUGCUUCCAACAUAGAUUCCUCCUCAUAGGGUCCCAAACAAGCCACUUUCUCUCUCAGUGAUUUCCCCUGAUUUGGUUAGGGCAGGUACUUACUGAGGUUUUGGAUCCUGUACUGUACAGGGCAAUUUGAAGGUAACUGGAGUGGCAGGAAGGGUGACAUCUUUUGCAGGUACCAUAGAACAAGGCAAGCUUCAAUUAAUCCAUCUUAUUAUUGAGGGCUUACUAUGUGCAGAGCACUGUACUAAGCACUUGGGAGAAUACAAGAAAAAUGAAUUAGUAGACAGGUUCCCUUUCCAUAACAAGCUUCAAACGGUAGAUGAUAUAAAUUCUUACCUCAAGGUGGAAUGGGGGGAAAGUGACAAAUUAUCUCUUGACUCUUCCAAGAUGGCCACUUUUCUAAGCAUUUAAGAUGGAACACAUCUUUUUCAUUACUUUUUAUGAUAUUUGUUAAUAGCUUACUUUGUGCCAGGUGCUGAACUAAGUG